AAAAAACGGAAAUGAUCAAGUGGGACCGAGUCUGAAACGAUCAGCCUCAAACCCUUUAGAUCAGCAAUCCAAGAAACAGCAUCAGGAGACCCUGGUGAUAGAUCAAAGAACCAAAUACAGAUACUAUGAAGAGGAUACUGGCCCAGAGUAUGUUGUCUUGGUGGAAAGUAAGGAAGAGAACAUCGGUAAUUUCCAUGCUCUUGCUAUUGCUCGCUGUCUUCGAGAUGCAAAAGUCCCUUACUCCACUGCAACAGCAGCAGGGAAGAACAAGCUCAGACUCAUAUUCGAUGCCGGUUCAAAAGCAAAUGAAUUCCUGGAUUCAAAGCUAUGUGAGGAAAGAAGGUGGACAGCUUAUAUCCCGACCUCCAGAAUUACGAGGAUGGGAGUGGUCCGAGGUCUUGGAGACCUAUUCUCAGACACAGAACUUGCCGAGUCAGCAUCCACUGAAGAGGUCAGAGUUCUGCAAGCCUUUAGACUUAAUAGACGCACACCUGAGAAUACCUGGGAACCCUCUGGAGCGUGGAGACUCACCUUUGAAGGUCAGACUCUCCCAAAGUAUAUAUAUCUGGAAGGUCUCCGAAUCAAGGUGGAACCAUAUGUCCCACCUGUCAAGAGGUGCACAAAAUGCCAAUUAUUCGGGCAUAUAUCUAAAGAUUGCAGAGGAAAGGCGAGGUGCGGCAAGUGUGGAAACUCACAUAUGGAUGAGGAAUGCCCUGAGGAAAAGAUUUUUUGCAUAUAUUGCAAAACAGAAGAUCAUUCUGCAGAAGACAGGGAGAAAUGCAAUAGAUGGGCAAAAGAAAAACAAGUCAAGAAACAUAUGGCAGAGAAAAACCUAUCCUACGCAAAAGCUCUCCAAAUCCAGAAACAAACAAACAAACAGGAUAAGAAACUCGAAGAUUUCCCUCUCCUUCAAGGAAAGAAACCAAAUCCCCCAGUUACAGAAAGGACUGAAAUCCCACCUCCGGUCUUUACAGGACUUGUGGUUAAAAUUCUGGCAGCCGUCAAAGCUGCUUUGGUACCAAUCUUGGAAAAUCUGGUACAAAAAAUUAUAUCAACAUUUACGAACUCCUCCCCAUUACUCUCCGGCUUGUCAACAGCUCCAACCUCUCCAGAUAUUUCAAUCUCAGUUAACCAAGAAUUCCAGAAAAUUUUGCCAGGAUUGGAAUUCACCUCAGCAGAUCUGGUAUGGGAUGAGGAUCACAAUACACUCCAAGACGACAUACUUUCAGAAGAUCCAAAAGCAAAUUAUGGACCCUGGUAAUCCCACCACAAUGGAAACGGCUACAACUUUAAAGGUCUUAUCAUGGAAUGCAAAUUCACUACAAAACAAAUGGAACCUAUUGGAACAAAUGCUUAUCGAAGAAAAAAUCCAAAUUGCUGCAAUACAAGAGUCUAGACUUUCUGAUAUCCCCACUUUGAUGGGAGAAUACUGGUCAAUCCAUGCAGAUCUAAAAGUAAACAGUAGAGGCGCUUCAAUAUUUGUACAUAAACAAAUAAGAUUUCAACACAUUAACUUUAAUUUACCAGAGUAUCCAGAGAUUGAAAUCACAGGAGUCCAGAUCCUAUCGAAAAAUCCUCUAUUUAUAUACAAUGUUUAUGUUCAUCCAGGCAAAUGCAUCCAUAAACAAUUAUGGGAGAACAUUGGAAGAGACAUUCAGUACCCAGCAAUAAUUUGUGGAGAUUUCAACUGCCAUCACACCUCCUGGGGAGAACCUCAAGAUGAUCCAAAUGGGGUCUCAUUAUUCGAAUGGAUUCAGGAGGAAGAUUUGAUCCUUUUAAAUGAUGGUACUCCUACGCGAAGGGGACAUCCAGGACAGAGAGACACGGCUAUAGAUCUGGCGCUUAUUUCAUCUCGGCUGUACCUGAAAGCAGAAUGGACACUUCAUGAGGACCUGAUGGGAAGCGAUCAUUUCCCUAUGAUAAUAUCAUUAGAUUUGGAAGCAAAUGACACCCCGGCCCAAAAAUUUCUUACCACAAGGAAAUGGCACACCGAUCAGGCUGAUUGGGAUAAAUUUCAAAAGGAAGUCAAAGAACAGGGUUCUCCCCUUUGGCAAAGGCCUCCAAGCCUUCAGACUUAUAACGAGUUUAUCUCAAUAAUUACUGCAGCAAUGGAUAAAUCCUGUAAAAAACGCAAACCAGUAAUCAGUUACAACGGAUAUCAUCCAAAACCUUGGUGGAACCAAAAGUGUCAGGAGGCAAAAACUAAGAAAAGGGAAUUACUAAGGAAGUUCCGCAGAAACAGGACCCCAGAAAACUUCGAGGAAUACACAAAACAAGAGAAAGAAACUCAAUACGAAUACAGUCAGGCACGGAAAACAGGGUGGAGGGACUUUCUCACCUCCAUAAGCCCCCGCUCUCCCAUGACUCCAAUUUGGAGAAUGGCAAAGCGAUACGCAGGAAGACAUUUACCUCCGCAACAUACACAGGGGGAGUGGCUACAGGACUUCUUAAAAAUUUUCACGCCUGAUCACGAGGAAAUUCUCCAGGAGCUAGACACUAGACCUCUUGAAACAGAAGAUGUGCGACCCCUUCAAGAAGAAAAUAAAACAGAUUUGGAGAAAUUUUUUGAAAAACCUUUUCAAAGGGGUGACAUUCUGGAAGCCCUAACGGGAACUAAGGAUACAUCUCCAGGUGCGGAUGGAGUAACUUACUCAAUGAUUCGAGCUCUACCUGAGGAAGCUUUGGACUAUCUUGCUUCGUUAUUCAACUUCUUCUGGAAGUCAGCAAGGUAUCCUGAGGAAUGGAAUGAGGCUAUAGUCCUUCCAAUAUUGAAACCUGGAAAACCAGCAGAAGAAGCUAAAUCUUACAGGCCAAUAGCGCUGACCUCCUGCAUAUUUAAAUCCUUCCAAAAAGUGACUCUCCAAAGGAUACAAUGGUGGGCUGAAGCACAUAAUAAACUGGACAGAUACCAAUUUGGCUUCAGAAAAAUGAGGAGUACCACCGAUAGUCUGGCCCUCUUAACAACAAACAUUCACCUAGCUUUUAGGAAAAAAGAAUUUGCAGUUUCGCUCUUUGCAGAUAUCUCGGGAGCUUACCCAAAUGUCAACCCUCAGUUACUGUGUGAGUCCCUCACUCAGAAGGGGCUACCUGCAUUCGUGAUCGAAAAUAUCAGAUCUUCACUAAUGAGAAGAAAAUUGAAAGCAACAUAUGGAGGAAUAUUAACAGAUUUUAGAUACACGAGCAAGGGCCUAAACCAGGGUGAUAUCUGGUCCCCAUUAUUGUACAUUCUGUUUACAUCAGACCUAAGGGAAGUUGUUACAGAGGAAGAAGUGCUCAUGCUACAGUAUGCAGAUGACAUCAGCCUAACAGUUCGCCACUCAUCUCUAAGGGAAGCUAUCUACAAACUCCAAGAUGCAGCAAGGAACCUGGAGGAAAAGAUAUCACAAAAUGGAGCUACAUUAGAGCCAACAAAAUCUCAAAUGGUGAUUUUUACUAGAAAAACCAAAAUUCCUGAGCCUCAGCACAUAUUGCUAAGGGGAGGGGAAGUCCCCAUAAAAAAAGAAGCAAAAUUCCUAGGAAUUACAAUGGAUCCAGCGCUAAAUUGGAAAACUCAUGUAGCAAACACCCAAGCAAAGUGCAGAAAUCGUUUAAAAUUCAUACGCUCACUGACAGGACAUUGGUGGGGAGCCCACCCAAUGACACUGAAACGUACCUAUACCUCCUUAAUUCGACCAAUAUUGGACUAUGGAAUAGAGAUCUAUGACCCUCAUUCCCAAGAGAUGUGGGGGAAACUUGAGAGCAUACAAAUGGAAGCAGCAAGAAUUAUAACAGGAGCGAUGAAGUCCACGCCGAGACAUGCUCUACUGGCAGAAACAGGAGAAAUGCCCAUACAACUUCGACAGCGCUAUCAUAUCCAGAAAAUCCUCCUGAAAUGGCAGAGUAUCUCCACAAACAGUAUAAUCCCAUUAAUAGAAGAAGGAAAUAAUAUUAGAACUCAAACCAAAUACAGACAUCCAUUGUUCAGAGGCCUCCAAGAUAUAUUAGUCCCUAAAGAUGAAAUUUUUUCUUCUGAAAUCCCCCUCUGCUAUUAUGUAGAUUAUGAUGCAAGGGACCUCACCAUCAGGCUAUCAGCGGAUUUUCCUCCUGAAAACACCAUAACAGCAGAAGAAUUAGAGCCGAUUGAAAUUUAUAACAAACUACGUCAAGAUCAUUGGAAAAACUUUUAUGUGCUGGCUACUGAUGGCUCACGUCAAGCAAAUGAAACUCCUUCGGUGGGCUCUGCUAUGGUAGAUGUAAACAGAAGUCCGGAAAAGGCCAUCAUAAAUAAACUCCAUAGUUUAGCUUCAGUGUACGACGCAGAAAUUAGGGCGCUACAGCUUGCAGUAAAUUAUCUACCUGAAAUAGAAAACCAGAGAAAGAUAUUAAUCCUUACAGAUAGUAAAAGCUUAGUAGCAGCCCUACAUAGAAGAGAUAUCUCACCAUAUGAACCCCCUGAGCUUACCAAGUUAAGAGAAAGCAUCAGCAACAUACCUAAGCAUAAAGAUAUCUGGAUAGCCUGGGUCCCUGCACAUAAAGGCAUCCUGCCCAAUGAGCACGCCGAUGUGGCUGCAAAAUUAGCAGCUAGAAUGGGAAUUCCUCAUAAAAUGCAGCAGAGAUAUCAAAACUUCCUUCCUGAGGUCAGGACGCACUUCUACAAUGAAUGGCAACAGCUCAGAAGUGCUGCAGCAAACCGCCUAAUAAAACCUGUGGGAAGAUUUAAUUUUUCAUUAGACCGAGACCUUACGUCCCGUACAUGGAUCAGCCUCGCAGAUGAGUGCCCUCGUAUUUUUCUGUCACCCCUUAUGAGGGUUAGAAUGGGCCAUACCCAUGCGCCAGCAUCCCUUCAUCGAUUUAGGAUAAUAGACUGCCCUUUGUGCGACCGGUGCGGAGAAGAGGCCACAACAGAACAUCUCAUCAACUCUUGUCAAUUCAUCGACCGCCUCCAUUUUUUCGAACAUCUACAAGAAAAUUCAGUACCAGAGCCUCACACUUUUCCAUCACUUCUCAAAACUCGCCGCCAUAUCAAGAUCGUCAUCACCGCCUUCGCCUUACUCUUCGAGCACAACCCGCACCUGAAACUAUAG